CUGAGCUCGUAACGACUUCGUGAUUGGUUACGAGCCGUUACGGGCAUUUCUGUAACGGCCUCAGGAUUGGUCCCGAGGAGACUCGGAUGUUUCCGUAAGGACCUCGGGCUGGGGGCAGGCGAGUGCGUCGGGCUCUUCGGCUGGGUAUUCACAGAAGGUGCUUAGGGCCGUUCCGCAGCGUAGGGCGGCAACGCGCAUACGCGGCUGCGCGGCUUUGGCGCACACACAGGGCGCAGCAGCAGGAGCCCGGCACGCAGCGGAGGCAGCAGCGGGGACAAAGGGACUGAUCGGCAGAAACGGGGAGGGGGGCCCGGCAGCAGGCGGCCGGCGCCGGGAGGGAGCGGCAGGAGCCUUUAGCCAGGCGGGCGAGUCCCAUGUGCCUUGGACGCCCGGGGAAGCAGCAGCAACAGCCGCCGCCGCCAGCGCUCUGAAGCCGGCUGACGAGGAGCUGGGGAGCCGCCGCCGCCGUCAUGGCCUGCACCGCCGCCUCCGGCCGCCGCCCGCACUGCAGCCUCCCCAGCCUGAGCCGCCGCCAGCUGCCCCUGCGGGCGCAAUGAAGAGCCGCGCCGGAGCCGCCGCCUCAGCGCCGCACUGAGAAGCCUUAGCGAGCGAGCGAGGCCGCCCGGGCCGCUUCACCCCUACUCCGCCCGCCGCGGAUCCCACCGCCCCUGCCGGAUCCCCUUGCAAGCGGGGCGCAUCACCUCCUGUCGGCGGAUCCGGGAGCCCCGAGAUCCUUCCGCCGGGGGAAAAUAGUCCCGUUCCCUGCUGCCUCCCGAAGAGGCGAGGGGGAAGGAGAGGAGAGGGGAGGGGGAAGAGGAGGGAGGAAAAAAAAAGAAAAGAAAAGCCCAGCGACAGGAUCGGAGGAGCCCGGCCAUAAGCCUCCGCCCCAUGUGACUGGCGCUCAGGGUGGGGGCAGCGAGGCCUAGCAACCCCCCAUCGCUUCGCAGCCGGGAGAAGGCGCGGCGGCGGCGGGGGCACUGCGGACUGGGUGGAGGCGGCUCUCGGACCCGCUGGCGCUGCCGGGAAGGAUGGUUUUAUAGAAGGAGGCGUGAGGCCGAGCCCCAGAAGCGCCACCCGGAGACCGAGCGGGGAGGGGGCUUCCCCGGGGGGGGAGGGGGGCCGGGAGUUGAAUGUGGCAGGUCUGACCCGUCUCCUCCGGCUGAGCGCGAGAGGAGGCGGCGGCAGGCGGACCCGCGGGAGCCGCCGGCGAGAGGAGCGGCCGAAAGGAAGACGGGAGGAGACAGAGAGGUGACCAGGGGCAGAGAAAGCGAAAGAGACCAUGUCAGGGCGGCCCAGAACCACCUCCUUUGCGGAGAGCUGCAAGCCGGUGCAGCAGCCCUCAGCCUUUGGCAGCAUGAAAGUUAGCCGAGACAAAGAUGGCAGCAAAGUCACUACAGUAGUGGCAACUCCUGGACAAGGUCCAGACCGACCACAAGAAGUUAGCUACACAGACACCAAGGUGAUUGGAAAUGGAUCUUUUGGUGUUGUGUAUCAAGCCAAACUCUGCGAUUCAGGAGAGCUUGUGGCCAUUAAGAAAGUUCUGCAGGAUAAAAGAUUUAAGAACCGAGAGCUCCAGAUCAUGAGAAAGUUGGAUCAUUGUAACAUUGUCCGAUUGCGUUACUUCUUCUACUCCAGUGGAGAGAAGAAAGAUGAGGUGUACCUCAACUUGGUGCUGGACUAUGUUCCUGAAACAGUAUACAGAGUUGCCAGACAUUAUAGUCGGGCCAAACAGACACUCCCUAUGAUUUAUGUCAAGUUGUACAUGUAUCAGCUGUUCCGGAGUUUAGCCUAUAUCCAUUCCUUUGGAAUCUGCCACCGGGAUAUAAAACCACAGAACCUCUUGCUGGACCCUGACACAGCUGUUCUAAAACUCUGUGACUUUGGAAGUGCAAAACAGCUGGUUCGUGGAGAACCUAAUGUCUCCUACAUCUGCUCUCGGUACUACAGGGCACCAGAGUUGAUCUUUGGAGCCACCGAUUAUACCUCCAGUAUAGAUGUGUGGUCAGCAGGCUGUGUAUUGGCUGAACUGUUACUAGGACAACCAAUCUUUCCAGGUGACAGUGGUGUGGAUCAGUUGGUGGAAAUAAUCAAGGUUCUGGGAACGCCUACAAGGGAGCAAAUUAGAGAAAUGAAUCCAAACUAUACUGAAUUCAAAUUCCCUCAGAUUAAGGCACAUCCAUGGACUAAGGACUCGUCAGGAACAGGACAUUUCACCUCAGGAGUACGGGUCUUCCGGCCUCGCACUCCACCAGAAGCAAUUGCGCUAUGUAGCCGUCUGUUGGAGUACACCCCCACUGCCCGCCUGACUCCCCUGGAGGCGUGUGCGCAUUCUUUCUUUGAUGAACUACGGGACCCAAACGUCAAGUUACCAAAUGGGCGAGAGAAACCUGCACUCUUCAAUUUCACCACUCAAGAACUGUCAAGUAACCCAUCUCUGGCUUCGAUCCUCAUCCCUGCUCAUGCUCGGAAUCAAGCAGCCGCUUCCACCCCUACAAACGCUACAGCAGCCUCAGAUGUUAAUGCAGGAGAACGAGUUCAGACCAAUAGUGUAGCUACAGCAUCAGCCUCCAACUCCACCUGAACCGGUACCAAGCAGCCAGCUGCACAGGAAAAAUCACCAGUAAUUUGAGUCUUGCUCAGCAACACUGGUCACAUUUGGAAAGAAAAUUAAAAAGAGGAAAAAAAAAAACCAACAAACCAACCAACCUGUUCAUUUUAGUGUUCAAUUUUUUAUUAUUAUUAUUGUUGUUCUUAUUUAACCUUGUAAAAUAGCUAUAAAUACAAACCAGUUUCAUUGUAUUCUCACUCUGCAGGGUGUCCGGGGCAGGGGACUAGGUGGGGGGAGGAGGGAAAGCGGAGCAAUACAACACACCAAUGUCUCUCCCCUCGACAAUCUCUCCAUGUUGGAAGUUUGCUGUCGUGUACUUCAGAACCAGGACUCUUGCCUCAUGCCCCCUCCACAGCAGCAAGAAGGAAGAAAAAAAAAAAAAGCAAAACAAAAAAAAACCCCACGCCCAAACCUCAUUCUCUGCUGAAGUUCUUUUUUUUAACCUCUUUUUUUAUUUUCUUUUUAAGUGAAGUUUCAGACUUCGAUGUAGUGCACAGCUUGAAUUUGGUCGGGAGCUUAGCAGGGGUCAUUCGACAGAGCUCAGCGUUCCUUGUAAGCAAAUCCAUAUCCUAGGAUGUCCGAAGAACUGCCCUGGCUCGGUAAGGGCAGAGGGUGACAUGGUAGGAAAAUAGGGGUGGGGGGGGAGGGUGUUACCAUGUGUCUAAGGCUUGAACCGCUAGUGGAGGACUUUCAUUUUCAAAAAAAUCAGUGCUAGCAAUGAAGAAACUUGCAGCUUCAUUAUGGGAAAAGACCAUCAAGUGGGCUCUAUAUAAUAUAAUACACACACAUGCACAAAGGCGAGUGGUAGCAUCACAGGAGCAGCUCAUUUGCUUCGCCCGAGCUCCUGCCCCUCACGUCAGGGGCUUGUGGAGGAGCCCAGAACGGCAGGAGGAGGUGGCCGUCUGCUCUGGUCUUCGGCAGAGAGGAGUGGACGAACAAAAUCCUCCAACGGGGCGGGUGCCCAGCUGGGGGACGGUAAGGGACUUUUGGGAAAGUGGCCACUGUGAAAGCAUUUUUCCAGUUUCCCGGUUUGAACAGGCUUCCCUUUCCCAAGAUGCAUACAGGAAAAGGACACCAGGGUUUAUAAUGUGAACUGUAACAGUCUACUGGUUUCUUUUGUAAUAUUUUUUUAACUGCAGUUUUAACUUGCAGAAUGCCACAGUCUCUGAUAGUUCUAAUUUUAAAUCGCAGCUAGAAUCUGUAUUUAAUUUCAUCUUUUUUAACCUCCUGCUUUUUUGAUCUCUAUUUAUUGAUGCGUGUCACAGUUGCCAUUAUGUUUUUACAUUGGUAGAAUAUUAAUAAAAUACACAUCAGAGUGCUAUCAACAGUAAUUUGUACCUGCUGACUUGUAGGAAAGCUGGCUAUAUAUGAGUGUGUGUGUAUAUAUAUUAUAUAAAUAUAUACAUGUAUACAUAGAUACAAUAUUGCUUUUUUAUUUUUAUUUUGUCUACGAUCUCAAAACAGUCUGACUGAAGCAUGAGAUGAAUGCUUGUUCUAGUCCAUCUGUUUAGGGUUUGAGGUUUUUCCCUAUAGUGGUGAGUGGUGUCCAUGUUUCCAAAGUUAAAGCAAUAUUCCUUGGGAAAGGGUCAGGUGAGGAGUAGGAUACAGCUGCGAUAGAGAAAUAGCCUUUCGAGACCUGAUCUUGUCGUAUUCUUGAGGUCGGUGUCCACUUGGGCCUUAUACUCAUUCAGAGAAACUCUAGUCGCCUUGGUGCUUAUGAGCUGCUAUUUGACCUGUGGAGCUUUAAGGCAAUCAGUUGUUUUUUCCGACACGCGCAGACCUUUGUGUGGCCCAGCAGGAGCCACUAGUAGUGGCUUGAGCAAACGCAGCCGCUGCAGGGCAGCAGGGGGUUUGUUCAUGAGCCAAGUACGUUUCCUCUUGUUCAUCUUACCCCGUUCGUGUGGCAUUUUGAACCUGUCUCCUAGCAGCCUUGGAGCGGAUAAAAGCCUUGCCCUCUCCUCCUGCCCAGUGAACAGUGCGUUUUGGGGAGGGAGGAGUUGUGUCAAGAGGCGAGCGAACCCCUAGCGUGAAACUCAUAAACUCUUACUGAUACCCCUCACCAACCUGCUGUUGGACAAAAGGAAAGGCUUUAAAGCAGCUGUAGGUCGGUUCUGGCUAAUUAUAAAGGAAAACACCUACGUUUAAAAACUGACGGCUUCCAAAAUCCAGAUAUGCAACACGGUAAAAGGGCUGAGAGGCCCCUUAAGGAAAGAGCUCGGCCUGCUGGGGUCCUGCACGGUAAGUCCUGGGGCUCGGCCGACCCGGUGAUCCAAACAGGUGUGGGAGGCUCAGGCAGGAGGACAGUGGCAGGGUACGGAUCUGCUUUACAGGCAAGACUGCUGAAGCAUUGGCCGUAGGCGCUCUUCUUUGGAGGCAGUAAAUUACCAAGUCUUUAAAAAAAUAACAACAAUAAGAAGAAAAAUUUGCUGCUUGUUCUAGGAAUGUGGCUUUUUUUCUCUUUACCUUUUCUUUUAAGACUGGUGGAGGAGAGUUAAGAGCUUUUUCUGUCUGAUUUUGUGGAUGUGCAGGUGUCUGUGUGUCUCGUGUGUGUGUUAGGUGGGAGGGAGGGUCGGGGGGGGCGGUGGUUUUAUUUUUUUUUCAAGGAUCAUGGCAAGAUCACAAACUCUUUUAUACAAGUUAGAUCCAGGUCUUUGAAUAACCUUUUUUGUAAAUAAGAAAAAAAACAACAAAAAAACAGAGCUCCUCACCAAAUUCAAGCUUGUACAUUAUUAUUUUUGGUUGUUUUUAAAUUUUGAGUUUUAUUGUUUUGUAUGUAAAUACGUGGACCCAGGAACUGUUAUUAAUGAGCAAAAAGUUACCGUUCAGGGCAGUGAUUCUGUUUAAUAAUCUGACAAAAUGUAGACGAGCUUUUUAAAGCCAUAUAGUUUUAACUCUGUACAGUAGGUACCGGCCUGUAUUAUUGUAACAAUAACUCUAGCGAUGUAUAGUGUAUCUAUAUAGUUUGGAGUGCCUUUGCUUCCAUGAUUUCUUGGAUUUUAUUUCCCUUUUCUUUCCUCCUUUAUUAACAACGUCUCCCACACGAAACCACAUCUUUGCUCCCCUGCUUUCUAACUCUUUGAGUGCUGUAAGGUUUCAGUGAUACCAUGAUCAGUAGUUGGAACAAAAGGAAACCGCGUUUAUAACUCAUUUCAUUCGAGCCGUGGCUUUGCUCUGGAUGUCUCAAAGUUGCCUGUCCUGCCCUGUUGUCCCCUCACUAGCAGUGCCCGGUCACGUUUUACACUUGCCCUCUGUCACAGCGAGUAGCCCCGUGGCUAGCAGCUAGGUUCGACUUUGCUCGUCUGUCCCCAGUCCCUGCGCCCAGAUGACUGCUGGAGAGCAGCUUCCACCAGCCUCAGCUUUUCGCUGCUCCCUCCUGCCACGCCGGAGGGAGCGGACGGGGCUUCACAAAACUAAGGAAAAAAGAAAGGAUCCCUUUUAGGAGGAAACCCUGCGUAUUGUACAGUGAUGGCUGUGCUCAAAGCUCUUUGGCUGUGGUAUGCUGGCACAGGGGGAGUGGGGCCAUUACUGUAAAAUACCAGAGUGUUUUUUCCCGACAAGGAGACUUCUCUUUCUCUUCGCCCUUUUCCCUCACGCUCCUCCCCAAAGUCAUUUUUAUUUUCUUAAGAUGAUAAGUUUAACAUUACUCUUAAGUUCUUGUGCCCAGCACGAAGGCCUUGUUUCUAAAACUAGUUUGUUUAUGUUUACUACCUUGUUAGUAUUCCACAUAAGAUCGUCUUGAAUGGGAAAACACUUAACUCUUUACCAAACCAAAGGUUGCUGUUUUAUUUUGGAGCAUCUCGUGUUCAUUCCAGUGAAGCAGAGGCUGCACUUUCUUUCUGGUGACACGAAGGUCAGUGAUGUCAAACUGUUUUUGACAGUCCACUCAGAACUGUUACUCUUUUAUUUUGCUCCCUUUGGGGCUUGUUUUUAAUGAAGUAUGGUCUUGAUCUGUCAUUUUGUCAACUCUGCAAUUGCAUAGGUCUCUGAGAUGGAAUCGAUUGCAAUCUGUGUCCCCUACUGGACAUCCAAUCAAGACACUGGUGUUCUUAAUAUUAAACUUAUCUACCUUACUAGGAAAAAAAAAUGAACUACAAAAGAAAAUUGGCUAAUAGAAGAUCCCUGAUUGCUCUUUCCGUUAUUUUUAAGCAAAGCUUCAUCUGAAGUACUGGCAGGUGUCUGCAACUUAUAAAUAGUGAUCACUUAAAAUUUUCCCAGGCUUUCAGGACUUACUCAAAAAAAAUAAAAGCAGUCUGUCAACCUCUCCUGUAUUAGGAGUCUCAGCCACUGCAGUUAAAAAGAAAAAGCCAAUAAUGAAAAGCACAGUAGAGUAUUCAGUCCAGGGCCUACCUUUUUGGAGACUAUGAAAAGGUAUCCCUGGGGUUCCAGUUUAUUUCCACAGGGCUUUUAGCCAGUUUUGUUCCUAGUUCGUUUCGUUUUGCAACACUGCAAUAACAGCAAAACGACAAGAAAGGAAAACAGUACCUAAGGGGUUAGCUUGAGAAAAGUAGCUUCCUUGUGUUGGUCUUUCUCAAUUUAUUUUUAAUAUAUAUAUAUAUAAAAUAUAUUUAUAUAUAUAUAAUUUGCUUGCCUGUAAAAUUUGCGUUCAUUAAUGUGUUGCUGAUGGAUCACUUGGGCCUGUACACACCAAUUAGCGUGACCACUUCCAUCCUAAAAACAGAAAUCUAAAAUAUAUAUAUAUAUAUUAAGGACUGUGGGUUGUAUACAAACUAUUGCAUACACUUGUGCAAAUCUGUCUUGAUUUAAAGGAAAAGCAAAACCUGUAUAACAUUAUUACUACUUGAAUGCCUCUGUGACUGAUUUUUUUUCAUUUUAAAUAUAAACUUUUUUUGUGGAAAGUAUGCUUAAUGUUUUAUUAUUUCCCCCGCCCCAUUCCCCUUGUAAAUAUGUUUUGUUCUGUGUGACUCGGUUCGGAAAUAGUUAACUGGUACUGUAAUUUGCAUUAAAUAAAAAGUAGGUUAGCCUGGAAAUGAAAUUUAAAAA